AUGUUGUCUAAGGUUGUUUAUCAAAUGUUUUUGCUUACAACAUUGUUAGUGGUGGAUGGUGGCUGGAGUGAGUGGAACUCCUGGAGUAACUGUACCAAGGCAGUUGGUGGUAUACAAACAAGAAAGAGAGAAUGCACCAAUCCGGAACCAGCAUAUGGUGGGAAACACUGCGAUGGGACCAGUGCACUCCUGAGAGGAUGUAGCAACAUGUCCAGUUGCCGUGAAGGUAACAUAAAAUUUCAGCUUUUUUAAUUUCAGUGGCUAAAAACAUCUUUGUUGAAACAAAAAUAAACAAACACAGUAAUUAAAGUUAGAACAAAACCAAAUGAACGGAACUUCUGAGUUUGAACUUUAAUCACAUAAUUAUCCAGGCCAAGUAUGUGAAAUGCACAAAUUAUUAAAAGUCAUUAUAAGUCAGAAAUCCUUCAUAAUUGCACAAACUCUGUACAUGUACGGAAUACGCCAUGCUCUUCUUGAAAGAGACAAAACAAAUCUCCACUAUCAUUAGUGCUGCAAUAGGUACUAAAUUCUAGGCACAAGUUUUCGCUGAUAAUUGUGGUCACUCUAUAAGAAGUCUGCACUAUCUGAGCAAUGGCGAUUACGAAUUUCGUUGGACUACCCGUAGCAAUACCCUUUUUUCAAGCCGGUGAUGCUGACUAUCAUCUACUGACAAGAAACAUAGCAGGUAAUUUAGCGUUAACAACUGAGUUGAAAACGAAAAUUGGCCACCAUAAAGAGUAAAAAAGCUGACGUUUCGAGCGUUAGCCCUUCGUCAGAGCGAUUUGAGGAAUUGUGGGUUGUUUGUGGCUUUAUUUGCGGCUUUAUUUGCAGCAUGACGUCUAGACAUCAAAAUUUCAAUUGACGACAACGAUUUAUGCACUAGCGUUUACUACAAACCUACAGAUUCACACAGUUACUUGUUGUAUUCAUCUUCACAUCUAUCGCACGUUAAGAAUUCCAUACCCUUUUCACAGUUUCUCAGACUUCGUUGUUUAUGUAGUGACGACUCUAAUUUUUCCGACUGUUUUUCGAUAAACGUGGCUAUCCUGUUUCUUUCGCUCAAGCGGGCCAUCAUCGUGCCCAACAAAUUGAUCGACAGUCAGCACCACAAACGACUGAGAAGGAAAACGCUGCGGACUGCAUUCCAUUCACUCUCACAUUUCACCCUCACAACCACGCGGUUAAAUCUAUCAUUUUUAAAAACUUUAAAUUACUCCAAAACGAUUCAAAGACUGAUGCUAUCUUGUCGCAACCCCACUUAUUUCAUUCAAACGUGACAAAAACAUAGGUAACUUUUUGGUCAGAUGUUCAUCUCAAACCAAUGGCCAAUCUAGAACUUUCAAAUGCGCUCACUCACGAUGCAAAACUUGUCCUUUCAUUCAUAACGUUGAGAAAAUAUCAGGACCCGAGAGAUCAAUUUAGAUCACUGAUCACUUCACGUGUACCUCCGCCAACGUCAUUUACUGCAUAACUUGCACUUAUUGCAAUACGUUAUACAUUGGUGAAACAGUUAGACGACUAAGUGACCGAUUCCGAGAACACCUUCGCGACGUGGAAAGAAAUGACAAGGAUGCAUCCAAACCAGUCGCUGGACACUUAAAUCUCCCUAAUCAUUCUAAACAACAUAUGGAAGUUUGCGGCCUUUCCUUACAUCUAGGCAGUUAUAAAAAUACUAGAACAAAAAUUUAUCUUCCAAAUCGGCACUCUUAAUCCCAACGGUGUCCACGAGCGCUUUUCAUUCAACUAAUUUAUUCCUGUUUUCUCAUCACCAUAUUCCCACCAAUAGCGUAGCUCCAUUUGCUGCAUAUAAACCUACACGCAACCCACCAUUCCUCUGGAGCUAGAGCUCUAAACGUCAGCUAUUUUAUUCUUGGCCAAUUACGGUGAUCAAUUUACGUUUUCAACCCAGUUGUUAACACUAAAUUACCUGCUCUACUCUCCCACCGACGCAGCACCACAGUUUCCUUAGAAACUUACCCCCUUUAUUAAUUUGACAAGAAACAUGUUUAAUAAUGCGAGGGUCUCAGAUACUAAAUAAAGUUUUGGCAUUGACCUUCUGGUAAAGAAAAUCAAGUUAGCUACACAGGAAAUUCUUCCACCACAAAACUGAAAAUAAAUUUUUCAACAAUGUUAGGACCUCUGUUACUGGGUAAUUAUAUGGGAACAUCAUCAACACAAAAAUUUACACAAGCUGAAGUAGUCCACGCUGUUUAUUUUUAUCCUUAUUUAUCAAUUUUUUUGGUUGAAUAUUUUGAAGGAUUUCCCCUGCGUUUUGAAACAAAGGGGAACCCAUCUGUCGGUACAAUGGAGAUAUUCUCAAAUAGCAGCUGGAAAACGCUUUGUACCAGUCAAUGGGAUGACGCAGAUAAAAAUUCAGUCUGCAUGGCCAUGGGCUACUAUAACAACGGUGUUUAUGCUAAUGGCACAUGGUACGCAGAACGUGGCAAUGCUUCAAUGUCCACCCACUACAACUGUACAAUUCCGACCACAUGUCAAAACAACGUGGUAAAGAAACAACAAGUCUGCGAAGGUAAUUAUGAACUGCACUCAUGUAAUAUCCACAUGAUUUCCAAAGAUGGUAACUUGAUAGAUUUACUCACACUCCAGAGAUGAAAACUUUCCCGAGAACAAUGAUUGUUCGUCUUCAGGUAUCUUUUUGGUUCUAAAAAGGUUUCUAACGCUAAAAAUUGUUUCUACUGUUUACAUCCUAAGACGUUUGCGCAGACAUGCAUUUGAGUUUCAUAAACUUCACAACCUCCAAACCCUCCAUUAAGUUUCCUUGAAACUAUUGCAUGCUUCUAGUUUCCUUUUUCUCUCUCUUUCAUGCAAUUUGGGAAUUUCACAAUUUUUUACUUUACUUAUACUAAACUAAACGUCUUUUUCUCGAUUUUUUCUUGAGAAAUGCUUUAAAAAUGACGUUCUAGCUUAAAAUGUAAAUCACCCCAUUGUGUUCUCUGAAAGUAAACGUUUUAAGGCUAAGAAAACACGUCUUAAAUGUUCUAAAAUUUUUGCCAAAAAAAAUCUGGUUUGUCUUAUUUUAGGGUAAAUGAUGAGUUUAAGAAUUUGAAGCACAGUCACGAAGCAAUGUAAAAGAGGUCCGUCGGAAACAUCGCAGCAGGGAAACUAUGAAAACAUCGUGAUUCACAUCUGACAACAAACAAUAAUUUGCACCUAGAAUUUCUCUUAAACAAAACACUUAGACUGGCAUGAACUAUUUAUCAUUUUGUGAUUUAUAGCCAUUCUUGCUUCUCGAUAAUUAGUGUUUUCCAUCCUUAUAAAUUCGAAUUUUUGUUAUUUCAUAAGUUCCUGUUCGCUUGAAAGGCGCAAAUGUGGAGUAUGGAGGAAGAGUGGAAGUAUUUUACAAGGGGAAAUGGGCGAAGAUAUGCAGGAAUGAGUGGGAUUUCGAUGAUGUCAAAGUUAUUUGUCGUCAACUUGGCUUUGAAGAGGCUUUGGCGGAAUUUGUUGGGUCAGAAGUAAAGGAUGAGGGAAUACCUUUUGCAAUGUCUGAUGUCUCUUGCACCGGAGAGGAGUCAGAACUUGCAUUAUGCAAUCGCCUUGAUGGAAAGUCAAAUAUUUCAUCUCAAUGUCAGUUGGAUGGCAAGGGUUCUCAAGCGUUGUGUCAACCAAGUAAGCAACUAAAUUUUUAGGUCUGAUUAGUUAUUCCGGUUUUCGUGGUUGUCUUUUUCUUCCCAUUGACCUUCUGAGUGGAGGAAAAUCAGAGUAAAUUGAGAUCUACAGAAGACCAGACCAUUUCUAAAAACAUUCUGGUAAAGAAUGACUCGCGGACAAGCAUAUAUCUGUUCGCAGAUUUUACGCUUUAGAUAGCGACAUGACUUUGACUGGGGAUGACAUGGCUUAGUUUAGAGUAACAUGAAUUGGCUUAAAAUGACUUAGAUGAUUUUGAUUUCUUCAACUUAGUUGAUAAUGUAAAUUUGCCUCCGUAAAGAGUUUCAAAGCUGAAAUUCGAGCGUUAGCCCUUCGUCAGAGCGGGUGCUAUACUCUCCCACAGACGCAGCACCACUGUUUCUUAAGGAACUUACCCUUCUUAUAGAUGAUUCAGUUUGAUCUUGAGGUGGAAUAACGUUAGCUAAGGUGUACAUGACUGUCAAGAAGGUAAUAUGACAGCUUAAGAUUAUCUGACUUCGGUUAAGGGUUACCUAUUUUUUUAAUGGGUUUCAUAACUUCUUUGGAUGCAAUAUUAUUCUGUUCAAAGGUUACAUUACUUUAAUAACGGCUAGUAUGAUUUUGUUUGGAGUAAUGUAACAUAGUUUUAAGUACGACAAAGUUCAAAACAUUUCCCAAUGAAGGCAUUAGUACAGGUAAAUAUAUGCAUCUUUUGUAUCCCUUCUUGUAGUGUUAAUUACAAAAAAUUUUACUUAUUUUGACAUCUUCUAAAUUGAACCUUUUUUUUUGCAGAGAACAAGAAAGUGUUGCUUAGAGAUGAACUCUAUUUUGAUAUUGGUAGCGAAGAACGGCUUCACUGCUCUAUACAAAAUAAAACCAAUCAUGCUAGAUGGGUCAUCAAUGGGCUAAAGCUUGAAAUAACAAACUCUUCUUCUCGAAGGAUCAGGGCUGAAGACAAUGGUGAUCUGGUCAUUGAUGAUGUGCAACUGUCUGAUGGAGGAGUAUAUGAAUGCCUGAUAUUGGAACAUAUUCAAUAUUACAUUGUCUACAUUAAUGGUAUGAAAACACAUAUUUUUAUCUGGUAGAAAUAGGCUUAACAUGCAGGACAAUGUCAUGUAAGACAAGUACACUUCUGACCUUUCAAAAGUGUAGCUAUAAUAUUAGUGCUUUUCAUUACUCCUUUCAAAAGCAAGAUUUACUGAGAAGACGCUGGGCCAGCAAACCUUAACUGCGUACACGUCUGGCAUUAUAAGCUGUAGUGCUGAUGGAAAACCAAGUCCACAGAUUUCUUGGAGUAAGCAAGGAGGAAAGUCCUUAGAUCCGAUACGAUUCACUCCAGUAUCCAACGGCAGCCUGCGUAUUAGUUAUGUAAGGCCUGAAGACGAUGGAACAUUCAUCUGUGCCAUGAAACAAACUAAAGGACCACAGAGGGUCACAAGCAAAGAUAACCACAUACGAGUGAGAGUUAUAAGUGAGUGACCAAUGAGAUAAUAUAUAGAAAGUCAUCAAGUCAGUUCUUCAAAUGUGAUUAAUUUAAUUUACUCAAUUUCAAAACCUUUUCGCUGUUCAUAUCCGCAGCCAUGUGAAGCGACAUUUUAUCGUGAAUACGUUUGUUGAUUUUAGUUGUUUGAAAGUAGGGUGUCAUGUUAAAAAAGUUAUACUUAAGUUAUUUGUCAACAGUGUGGUUUCCUCGUCAGAACUCAUAGUAAGUCCCCUUUGAUGAAGUUUAUAAUUUCUUUUCAUUCUGGUAAUGUGCUUAAAUCGACUUCUGUUGGUUGUGGUGACAAAUUCACUUUCUGAAUGCAGUAUAAUCGUUUGUCUCGCCAUGAAGUCACUUUGGAUAUGGAUCGCGACUUUUUGACUGAAUAUUGUGUCUUCUUCGUACUAUAAGGUCGGUAGAUGUGCAUGACCUUAUGAAACUCUCUGUUUGGCUGGAAUCCCACACAGGCUUCGAUUGGCACACUUUGACCAAAUGUCCUUUUGGAGUCUACUGUCGCAAAGUUAUCCUGUUUAUUGUGUUUCUUGUGGUCAGCAUCCAUGUUUCUUCUCCACUUCAGUCCAGAGCAGGUGGUUUCCAGGUUUCUUCUGAAACUGCAGAGGCCUUUGUCUUAGCAUGUCGUUUCUCGAUCUGCCAUAUUACUCGUUUAACCUUACUUGCAUAGGUCUGCCUGUUCCGCUGAUGUAAACUUUGGCGUACUUGUUGGGAAUCUUACAAACCACGGGCUCUUGCUUGUGUCAUAUACAUAGCGUUUCCAGAUCCUUCGCUGGUAGGAUAUCGAUUGCUCCUAUAACUCUCUUUGUGUAGAUUGGCAAUAACGGCGAAGACCAUACUCCCCAUGGAUGCGCCUUCUGUCUUUCGUAAAUUGGUGCGAGAUAAUAGGAGUAUGUAGACCUCAAUACGAAGUUCGAAAGGUCCACGAUCUGACAAACGAUUAUAAUACAUAUAAAGCGCUAGAGUCAUUAUCAAAUGUUCAUUUAGUUACGGUGUCUAAUGUGAUCAGUGUAAAUGAUACUGGAAUACCUCCUAUUUUCCAAGGACAUGUCAUUUAUUUACCUCUUAGUUCGACCAGAAGUGGUUAUUUCUGGAGCACCCAAUCUCAUCAUAGAAGGAAAUAGUGUGAACUUGACGUGUGAAGUUGUGGCGGGUCGCCCUGAACCUCAGAUCACCUGGCUCAAGAAUACUACAUUGAAAGGAAAUAGUUUGUCUCUCCUCUUUACUGAGAUAACAAAGGAGGACGAAGGGUGGUACACUUGUGAGGCAAAGAAUGAAGCAGGCGUUUCCACCAAAGACGUUAAUAUUUCUGUAAAGGGUGUGUUCGUAAAGCUCACAACCGUAUUAUAAAUCAAUUAUGCAUUUGAUAUGUUUACGGAGUGUGGAUCAAUAGUCAGUGGGCCCGACUCUAAAUUAAGGGGUCUGGGUCUGAGCUAAGGGUAGGGUCAUCGCAGAAAAUUAUCAGAAAAAUGAAAAAAAUGCAAGGGCUUUCAGCUAUUACUUGCGACUGAUUCACCAGUGAGGACCAGGUCCUGAAUGAAUAAUUUUUUCAGACCGCCUCAUUAGUUAUUUAUUGCGAAGAACUGGAAAGUCUUUACAAUUGCUCUUGUGUUUUCGCUCUAAAAAUUUGAUGAUUUCAUGGUUAAGUUAGUAAUAUAGUCUGACUGACAUGGUUUUUGGAAGUAUUCGUUUGAUAUGAUCAAAAAGUGGUUCAUUUUCAUCUUCUUCUUCUUCUUCUCUUUAAUUGGUAUUUAUUCUUUUUAUUAAUUUUUUUUUCUUUUUGCGGGCGGGGGGGAUUGGGGUGGCUUCUAAUUUUGUAAUUUGUGUUUACAUGCUUACUUUGCAGUUCCACCCCGUAUUAAAGAAUUCAGAAAUCUCACCAUUGCAUUUCACUCCCCAUUUAAAGAAGAGUGUUAUUUGGGAGGUGAUCCAAAAGUAUCUGUCAACUGGACCAAGGAUGGAGUGCUAAUUAGUAAAAACAACACCCUGGUUAUUAGACGAGCGACGCUUAAAGAUAAAGGCAAUUAUGAAUGUACUGCUAAAAAUGAUGAUACUGAAGCAAAAUCUUCCUUCUGGAUCGAUGUGACAGGUAAACUCUAUAGUGUUGUUUAUGUUACUUACCAAACUUGUAACUUAAAAAAGCAUUUGUUUUUGAAGUUUAAGCCAAAUUUAAAUAGACCUAUUUUUUCUCUCUUUUCAUCCGUUUCCUUUAAAAUACCGAAGACCAAGGAACUAAGGAGUCAUGAUCUUACGAUAAGUUUUCAUUAGUGAAACAAUAAAUGUAACUUGGAAAAAAGAUAGAGACUCACCACUCGAAAGAGCAAAGAUUGAUACACGAUUCGAUGACAAAAAGAGUUAACUUGCUAUAACUGGAGUUGUGAAGAAGGACAGUGGUGUGUAUUUUUGUGAGGCACGUAACAAGCUCGGUUUUGUUGCCCGUUCCUUUGUUAAAAUAAACGUCAAAGGUAAGCUGGUAUUACCGUUGUGUCUUAAAAAAACAUACGAAUUUACCGAUUAAAAAAAAUAUAUUUGCAAAUAGAUUAAGACUAUGGGUCACCUUACUCAUUUACAUGAAAUUACCUUGCAUCGCUCUGUGAAAUUCAGGUAUUUCGUUUUUAAGAGCAGGUGUAAAUCACGGGUUAAAUAAUAUGCCAAGCUAUUCCAAAGCUAUUCCAAACAACUUAAAUUUUAUUAGAACUUUUAUUACCCACGAGAUUUUUCUAAUGGCCACAUAUUUAUCUGACACAAUUAGCUAAGCAAGUGCCACGAGCUAUGCAAAGUUUCAACACUUUGUGGUAUUACAUUGGUGGAUCAGUGGCGGCAGCGAUUGUCAUUUCGCUAAUUGCCUGGUAUUUCUGCAAGCGUCGGAAAGGUGACGUCCAUUUUUCUGUGUUAUUUCAGAUUUCUUUGUCUGCAAGUAAAAUAAGGAAAUGUUUAAACGUAUUGAAUAUGUCCACUGAGGGGGGAGUGGGAUACACUGAGCUAAGAGUCUAAGAGUAGAGAUAUUUUUAUAAGAAUCACUCGCGUGCCGCCAAAAAAUGCAGAGUUUUUUCACAUCUGUAUAUGGUAUCAUUAUCAUUUCCAUUAUUUUUAACAGUGUGUUGAAAAUAAUUAUAAAUUCAGCAAAUAUCACGUCCCUAAUCUGUGCAAGUUCAAAUUAUUCUGCCAUUACACAGAAAUUGGAUUAGAAUAUUCGAUUUGAUAAAUUAAUGCAAAGUUUUACCUUCUUUAUCCCCUUUAAUUCAUCAUUUGGAAUUGCAGCUAUGGCACUGUAAGUCAACGAUUUUAUCUUAUAUUCAUCAAAUUCAUCGAGAGAAGAAAAAAAAAACUACACCAUUGCAUGAUGACGAUAACAAAAAUCAUAUCGCAGUGACUUUACUUUUGUCGUGCUUAUGAUGCAUUAUUAACAUGCAUCAAUUGUUGUUAGAAUCAGCUUCAUUAGUUCCUUUGUUUAAUUUUUUUAUCUCAUUAGUAUCUUCUACCUAUUUUCGGUUAGAUUUAUCCUUAGAUUUAGUACUAAAAAAAAAAUUGAAAUGCACGUACAAUUUUCUGAUUUAAAACCAACUGUUUCUUGUUUGAUUUCAACUUCAUCCGAUUGACACAGGGUACUAAAUAACAAUAAUUACUGAUAUGUUUUGUUAUAAUUUAUGUUCUUGGUUUAUUAAAAACAUUGUUUUCUCACUAUCAGCAAGAGAGAUUAUCUCGCCAAUCAUGUUAUCCUCGCAAAUCAAAUUUUUACCCUCUGAUUUCUCUUUUCUUUUUAUCACUUUUCUUUGUUUUGAACCUGAAAGUAUACAAUGUUGACUUCCUAUAUUUAGUCCUGACCAAGAGCAGGCAAUUCAGAUGGAGCCAUUGAAUGCAGAGGCAGAUAAGUGGGAGGUUGCGGUCAACCGUGUCCUGCUUCAAGACGUCAUUGGACGAGGGGCGUUCGGAGCCGUGUGGAGAGCUCUCCUGAGUUCACCAAAUGGACAACCUGGAAAUCGGACGGUGGCCGCUAAGUGUUUCACGCGUAAGCCUCCUUCAAUUUGUUCUAUUGAUACAUAUGUUGAUCUCAGGGGUGGUUAUAAAAAUGUUUUAUUUGGGGAGAGAGGGGGAGGGAAGGGGUGGUCUAAAAUUACUUCUCGACCAACGCACACCCCCCUCUUCUUCACUCAAGGUUACGCGGGGAAAAAAAAAAGAAGGCUGGGGAGGAGCAAACAAACAAAGGAGAUAUUCAACCAGUUUGGUCGUAAAAGUUGUCCUGCAAUAAUUCUUGUUUCCAACAAGUAGUGUAAAAUGUCACAGGCAUGGGUUAGAAGGGGGUUAGUAUGGAUUAGUAUCCGCAACACUCCCCCCCCGUAGGGGGGAGUGUUGCGGAUACGCUGAAUCCUCUCUCUAGAUCCGCUGCUGAAUCCAGUAGAAUUGUUUUCUCCCUUUGGACCUAUUCCCCACUAGUGACUGAUUAUCCCGGGUUGACGUUGGCAGUCUAACAGACUGACUACACGGUGCUUUUCGCUGGCAAAAGACAUUUACCGAACGAAAGAUGUGAAGCAUCUGCAGUGAUGGUAAAACUAAAGAAAACAAGAAUUUUUGGUAGGAUUUAAACCUCAACUGGUUCCGAUUCGGCCUUUAUACUCACAGUCAACUCAACCGUGGCCGAGGUCAGUGAGUUGGGCAAUCUGCUAACUGCGAAAAUGAUCAUCCAAACGGUAAUAGGAAGAUGCGAGGUUUGUAACUCUACCGGAUUCUUUCUGGCUUGAACUGGCAUGGAACAAAUGUAUUAAUCAGAAUGUGUCUCUAUCAAUGUAUACUUUUGUUGUAGCCACUGCUGGAGAGGAGGGAAGGAAAUGUUUGAUGAGAGAAAUUGAGCUAGGGAAACUUAUCAGUGAAAACGUUUCGCCAAAC